AUGCUCAUCAGAGUUUCCAACAACUGUGUAUCUCUCCAUGUCUCCUCCCAGAGUGGUGUGAUAGUGUGUAUCCUGGUGGAAGACUGGCAGAUGUUGACCGAGUACCGCCACCCAGUCGGCAUCAAGAAGGUGUUCCCUGACCCCAACGGAACGCGGCUGGCCUUCAUCGACGACAAGAGUGACGGCUUCCUGCUCUCUCCUGUGGCUGUGAAUGACUCCCAUAUAGAGAUUCCUAGUUUCUCUCCCACCAUCACUGGGGUCCUGUGGGAGACCUGGCCCUCGGACAAAGGAGUGUUCGUGUCCUUCGACGACGACAAAGUCUACACCUACGCCAUGCAUAAAAACACCAUCUACGGUCCCAGGGUAGUGUUUGUAGGCAGCACCAAGCUGCCUUUCUCCCAUAAGCCCUUGCUGCUGUAUAAUGGUGAACUGACGUGUCAGACCCAGAGUGGGAAGACCAGCAGCGUGGCUCUGAGCACACACACCUUUCUCACACACACACACUCCCCCAGUGCACACACACACACCUUUCUCACACACACACACUCCCCCGGUGCGCACACACACACACCUGAGGAGCUCGGCAAGCAGCUCACACAGGCGCUGAUGCUCAAGAGGUUCCCCGAGGCGUGGGAGCUGUGUAAGGUGCUGGGCGGCCCGGCGGGCUGGGCUGAGAUGGGCCGGUCCUGUCUGAUACACAUGGAGGUGGAGCUGGCAGUACGGGUGUUCCGGAUGAGUGGCAACGUUGGCAUGGUGAUGUCACUGCAGGGCAUCAAGGGUAUAGAAGACAGGAGUUUGUUAGCAGGUCAUCUGGCUAUGUUCCUGAAUGACUAUAACCUGGCUCAGGACCUCUACCUAGAGUCUUCCUGUCCCAACACAGCCCUGGAGAUGAGGAGGGACCUGCAACAUUGGGACAGUGCUCUGAUGCUGGCUAAGAGACUGGCUGAGGACCAGAUACCGUUCAUAUCGAAGGAGUACGCUGUUCAACUGGAGUUCAUAGGAGACUACGUGAAUGCCCUGUCUCACUAUGAGAAAGGUAUGACCCACAACAACAAGGAGCAUGAUGAGGCAUGUCAGGGGGGUGUGGCCAGGAUGUCAAUCAGGAUGGGUGACAUCAGAAGAGGCGCGGCCCAGGCCAUCUCUCACCCGAGCAGAGGCCUGAAGAAAGACUGUGGGGUUAUACUGGAGAACAUGAAGCAGUUCUCUGAAGCAGCCCAGCUGUAUGAGAAGGGGCAGUACUAUGACAAGGCUGCCUCAGUCUACAUACGCUGCAAGAACUGGUCUAAAGUAGGAGAGUUACUCCCUCAGGUCUCCUCUCCUAAGAUCCACCUGCAGUACGCCAAGGCCAAGGAGGUGGACGGCAAGUUUAAGGAGGCUGCCCAGGCCUAUGAGAGUGCCAGGGACUGGGACAACGUGAUCCGGGUGUUGCUGGAUCACCUCAACAACCCUGAAGACGCCGUCCGCAUUGUCAGGGAGACGCAGAGCAUCGACGGGGCCAAGAUGGUUGCCAGGUUCUUCCUGCGUCUCAGUGACUACGGCUCAGCCAUCCAGUUCCUGGUGUUGUCCCACUGUAACGACGAGGCCUUCCAGCUGGCUCAGCAACACGGGCAGAUGGACAGCUACGCUGAUAUCAUCAGCUCUGAGGCCACCCAGGAGGACUACCAGAGUAUGGCUCUCUACUUCCAGGGGGAGAACAAACACCUGCAGGCUGGGAGGUUCUUCCACAAGUGUGGCCAGUACAGCAAAGCCCUGAAGCACUUCCUGAAAUGUCCCAACACUGAUGACAACCUGGCCAUCGAGAUGGCUAUAGAGACGGUGGGCCAAGCCAAGGAUGAGUCUUUGACCAAUGAGCUGAUUGAUUACCUGAUGGGGGAAAGUGACGGCAUGCCCAAGGAUCCCAAGUACCUGUUCCGUCUCUACAUGGGCCUACUGCAGUACAGAGAGGCAGCAUGUACUGCCAUCAUCAUCGCUAGAGAGGAGCAGUCUGCAGGGAACUACCGUACCGCCCAUGACGUGCUGUUCAGUAUGUACACUGAGCUGCAGACACAGAAGAUCAGAAUCCCUGCUGAGAUGAACACCAACCUCAUGAUCCUCCACUCAUACAUCCUAGUUAAGAUCCAUGUGAAGAGAGGGGAGCAUCUGAAUGCAGCUCGCAUGCUCAUCAGAGUCUCCAACAACAUCAGCAAAUUCCCCUCCCACAUCGUACCCAUCCUGACGUCAGCGGUGAUAGAGUGUCACCGGGCCGGUCUGAGGAACUCCUCGUUCAGCUUUGCCGCCAUGCUGAUGAGGCCAGAGUACCGUCACAAGAUCGACCCCAAGUACCGCAAGAAAAUAGAGGCUAUGGUCCGUCGUCCAGACACCAGUGAGAUAGAAGAGGAGACCACUCCUUGUCCAUAUUGUGGUUUCACGCUGCCUCAAUGUGAACUGAUCUGUCCUGGCUGCAAGAACAACCUGCCCUACUGCAUCGCCACGGGUCAUCACAUGCUGAAAGAGGAUUGGUCAGUUUGUCCUCACUGUGAAUUCCCUGCUCUCUACUCCCAGCUCAUCCUGCUGUUGGAGACAGAUAGUGUGUGUCCCAUGUGUUCCGAGACUCUGAGUGUGAACCAGGUGGAGAAGAUGGAUGACUGUUCCAGCUUCCUGCAGCCUGACCAAUCAGAGCACUGAUACAGAGAUCUGUGGUGAUGUGGCCUGGUGGUGUACGACAUAGAGGACUGCUGCUGAGGGGAGGACGGAUCGUCAUAAUGUCUGGAACGGAAACAAUGGAAGCCAUGUGUUUAAUUACCUUCCCACUCAUUCCUCUCAGGACCACGAGCCCGUCCUCCCGGAUUAAGGACCUACCAACCUCCUGUGAUAGGGGAACGGGAGCCAGGGACAUAAUCCACUCCUCCAUGUUUCUCUUCCACCUGUUAAACUGUUGAUAUAGACAGCUGUAGACGUCCUCCUCCUCCAUGUUUCUCUUCCACCUGUCAAACUGUUGAUAUAGACAGCUGUAGACGUCCUCCUCCUCCAUGUUUCUCUUCCACCUGUCAAACUGUUGAUAUAGACAGCUGUAGACGUCCUCCUCCUCCUCCAUGUUUCUCUUCCACCUGUCAAACUGUUGAUAUAGACAGCUGUAGACGUCCUCCUCCUCCUCCAUGUUUCUCUACCACCUGUCAAACUGUUGAUAUAGACAGCUGUAGACGUCCUCCUCCUCCAUGUUUCUCUUCCACCUGUUAAACUGUUGAUAUAGACAGCUGUAGACGUCCUCCUCCUCCAUGUUUCUCUACCACCUGUCAAACUGUUGAUAUAGACAGCUGUAGACGUCCUCCUCCUCCAUGUUUCUCUAUCACCUGUCAAACUGUUGAUAUAGACAGCUGUAGACGUCCUCCUCCUCCAUGUUUCUCUACCACCUGUUAAACUGUUGAUAUAGACAGCUGUAGACGUCCUCCUCCUCCAUGUUUCUCUACCACCUGUUAAACUGUUGAUAUAGA